AUGGCGCCAGGUUCACUUCCACUUGCAACUGCUUCUACUGCUGCUCCACAUUCUGGCCCCCACGACAAGUCGGCCUUGGCUGACCUCGAGAACUUCUCAGAUCCUUGCUCGGGUCUGCAUCCUGGCUUGGACUUGGACUCGGUGUGGGGAGACUGUCGCGCACUACGGAGUCUCCACAGGGAAAGGCCAGAAGAUCAUGACGCCACUCCUGAUCCUGGCGAGUCCCGUGGCCGUAAGAGCAAUAAUACAACCUCGGCGUCGCAGUCGCAGUCGCAGUCGCAUCCACAGGAACAAGGAAUAGUCCACAGAACUAGGUUAAGCCCAGGUCCAGAUCCAGGAACCACAACCACCCCAACAGAAAACCAAACAAUGAACCUCAAAGAAAAAGAAAAAGAGAUCGGAACAAGUACUACUACAACAAAAGAACCCACCGCAACCACAACCACAACCGCACCCUCGGCCUCCACCAAAACCCAAAAUCAAAACCAAAAUCCAAAUGCACCUGCGCCGACGUAUCUGAAACUAACAAAGAAAAUCCACCAACACCCCACCCUGACCCCCCUCCGCAAAUCACUCUACGUACUGCUCCUCUCCGUGCCUCCAGGCCAAUGGACCACGUACGCCGCGCUGGCUCGACACCUAGGAUCUAGCGCUAGGGCCGUCGGCACCGCGAUGCGCUUGAACCCCUUUGCGCCGGACGUGCCGUGUCACCGGGUCUUGAGCGUUGAUGGCGGGCUGGGUGGGUAUAUGGGGACGAGCCCGGCAAAAGGUAAGGACAAGGGGGCAGGGUCCAAGGGGAAGGGGAAUUUGGAGAGGAAGAGAGCUAUGCUUGAGGGUGAGGGGGUGAGGUUUGAUGAGAGGGGGCGGGCGAUGGGGAGGGUUUUUGUUGAUUUUACUUCGUAA